CUGCCUGAGGGGCCCCACGGCAGGAGCACGAUGAGCGACAUCCGCCACUCCCUGCUCCGCAGGGACGCCCUCAGCGCCGCCAAGGAAGUGCUGUAUCACCUGGACAUCUACUUCAGCAGCCAGCUGCAGAGCGCCCCGCUCCCCAUCGUAGACAAAGGUCCUAUCGAGUUGCUGGAAGAGUUUAUAUUUCAGGUCCCAAAGGAGCGCAAUUCCCAGCCUAAGAGGCUGAAUUCACUUCAAGAGCUUCAGCUCCUUGAAAUCAUGUGCAAUUAUUUCCAAGAGCAAACAAAGGAUUCUGUUCGGCAGAUCAUUUUCUCAUCUCUCUUCAGUCCUCAAGGAAACAAAGCGGAUGACAACAGGAUGACCUUAUUAGGAAAGCUGGUUUCCAUGGCAGUAGCGGUGUGUAGAAUUCCCGUUCUGGAAUGUGCUGCAUCCUGGCUUCAGCGGACACCUGCGGUAUACUGCGUGAGGCUAGCCCGGGCGUUAGUUGAUGACUACUGUAAUUUGGUGCCAGGUUCCAUUCAAACACUGAAACAAAUAUUCAGUGUCAGUCCUCGCUUCUGCUGCCAGUUUAUAACAUCAGUCACAGCCCUCUAUGACCUUUCUUCAGAUGACCUCAUCCCCCCUUCAGAACUGCUUGAGAUGAUAGUCUCCUGGAUCUUUGAGGACCCCCGCUUGAUACUCAUCACCUUCUUAAACACUCCUAUUGCAGCCAACUUACCAAUAGGAUUUUUAGAGCUCACCCCACUCACUGGACUGAUCCGCUGGUGUGUGAAGGCCCCCUUAGCUUACAAGAGGAAAAAGAAGGCUUCUGUCUCAAAUGGUCACCUCGCCAGUAAAGCUGCCAAGGAGUCGGCCACAGGAGAUGAUAGAGACUGUCACCAGCUGUAUUCCAAACUGCAUCUAAGUGUCUUACAAGUUCUCAUGAUGCUUCAGGUGCACUUAACAGAGAAAAACCUUUAUGGCCGUCUGGGGCUAGUGCCCUUUGACCACGUGGUUCCACUUGUGGAGGAAAUAAACAGACUGUCUGAUGAACUCAAUCCACUUAAUGCCUCCAAAGAGAUUGAACUGGCUCUAGACAGGUUGGCUCAGGCUUUGCAGGUGGCCAUGGCAUCAGGGGCUUUGCUGUGCACUAGAGAUGAUUUGAGAACUGUGUGCUCCAGGCUACCACACAACAACCUGCUCCAGCUGGUAAUCUCGGGUCCAGUACAACAGCCAACUCAUGGGGCUCUGCCACCAGGAUUCUAUCCUCACAUCCACACUCCUCCAUUGGGCUAUCCUGCUCAUGCAGCACACCCUGCAUUGCCUACUCACCCAGCGCUUCCUGCCCAUCCUGUACAGACGUUCAUACCUGGAAUGACAUUUCCAUACCGGCCCAUCCGCUAAAGAAUCUCACUUAAACUAUAACAUGGACCCAUUUUUCCAUGACUGGGGAAGCCUUACAGAGGAAGCCAAAUGUUUUAGGAACUAUAUUUUUCUUCUUUUUAAUUUAGUGCAGUUUGAUAUCUAGAAGAUGUUUUUCUACAGGAAUAAAAGCAAGGCAGAGUGGUAGGCAGCACUUACCUUAAACAAAGGCAGUUUCUUUAUUAACCCAUGUUAGUUGGAUGAAAGAAAAAAAAUGAGUCCCCUAGAAUAUAUGGGAUUUUUAAAUGCUGAUUUAACUUCCUUUUUAAUGAACAAUACCACUGUAUUGCUUGGUCUGGUACUUGAGUAGCACACGUCUGACUGGUGAGACCAGCACCUCUUGUUUCUUUUUGAGAGGGCCAAAAAGAAAAUCAUCCAUAUGCUAUUUAUCUUUGUAAAUGUUUGUAUCUAUACCUACAGAGGGUGUAUACACUGUAUAUUUUUGAAAUUACAGCUGUCUGCUUCAGAAGCACAAGAUAGAAAAAAAAUUUGCGCUUCCUGUCACCGGGAAACAUUAAAGAGAAAAUUGUAAAAUGAACCUUUGCUUCCCACUUUCUCUUAAAUGUUUAGAAAAUCCAGCUCAUUAGGAUUGAUUAUAAGAAAGGGAAUGUAUGCCCUUUGCCACAGAAUUUCAUUAAUGCUGACUGGCAAAAAUGAAGCAAAUGCUCACUGUAUAGUAGAUCUGCUAAAGCUAAACCAUUUGCAGCUGCUCAAGUGGUUCUCGUAAACAGCAUUGUCAGAUUGCUGCAAUAGAAUACAAAAUAUAUCCCAUUAAGAGUUGUGGUGCCUUCUUAGCAAAAUGAAAUGAGUGCAGUUCUCUUAAUUCUCUUUGGCUUUAAGAAGGGAGCUCUCUUUGUAGUACGUUUCAGAUGCUGUGCUACUGAUCAGAGAAAAGCAUGAUAUGCAUAACUAUCUAUUGGUAGUUGUGCACACUUACUUGAAGCACAGGACAAACAUGGGGGCUGGGGUUUGGCACUUAAAAUACACUCAAAUUCAAGAUAAAGCCUGAUGUUUAUCUAUCUUUUCCUAGUAAGAAAAGAAGCUUCAUCUGUGGAAGCUCCAAGUAGGUUAAAAGAUCCUGUUUGUGUAAUUAUUUUAGUCCUGAAACUAAAAAAUUACUAUGCACAAUGGAGUAUGAAAAGAAUUUUGAUGUUCAUUACAGCAUAUUUUAAGAGGUUACAUAAAAGUAAAAGUGGAGGUAGAGAGA